UCUUUAUUUCUUCUAGCUUAGCAGCAAGUUAGCGCCGUUUGCUUUCUUUUUGGCAACAGUACAACACAAUUCUUUCAUCUUUUUAUUUCUUUUUUUUUUUCUUUCAUUUUCUCUAUUCUAGUCAUCUAAUUCAUUCACUUAUUUUCUUUUAUUGUAACAUGUAAAUAAACAACUCUAAAAUCUUCUUUUUGAUUCUUGAAAGUAUGUAUGGCAUAUGUAUUGUUCUUUCUUCUCUACCUUUUUUUUUUUUUCUAGAUCUUCAUCUUCUUUAUUCUCACUCUCUCCAUGUGGUCGAAAAUAUCCUUCAAAUCUUGUCAUUGAUGAUUCUCCGGUUCUGAUCCGACUGAAAUGACCAUUGCUCACCUUCUCUGUUCUCACUUCUAUUUUCAUCUUCUUUUUUUUUUUUUUUUUUUUUAAGAAACAAAAGAAAAAAAAUGGGUGCAAGCAUUUAACCCGGCGGUUUUUGAAAACCGCCGGUUCGCCGGUUUUGUCCGGUUCUGCCGGUUCUUGCCGGUUCUUGCCGGGUCAACAGCAUGAACGAUCCAACACUUGAACCAGACCGGCGAACCCUCCGGUUCACGGUUGAACCGGUUCAACCGGCCGGUCCGGUCCGGUUUUUAAAACACUGAUUCAAACUCAAUUUUGAUCCAAACUAUCCAAACAUCAUGAGUUUACAAUAAUCAUUUUUCUGUUAAUAUAUCCAAACAUAGAUCAAUUAUGUUCAAUUCACUUCUAACCAAAAUCAAUUCUGUCAAACUCAAUUCUUUUCACCGUCAAACCAAACACACACUAAGGAAUUAAAAAAAAGAAAUAAAAGAAAAAAUAUGCAUUGAAAAAAUCUAAUUUUAAACUUCUAAAGUGUUGAACAUACAAAUUUCAAUUUUUUUUAUAAAAUUUGCUUUCUUAACAAAUGUCUCAGAGCACUUGUUAGUAUUUUAAAGAUGUAUCAUAAAAUCAAUCAUUAGUUAAUUCAGUGAUGAUUAACACUAGACUUAGUAGGAAAAAUUACGGUUCGAUUCCUACAACUGUGAUCGAAAUACUUGAAAACAAAAAAUUGUCGUUAGGAUGACAAAAACACCAACGAUUUGACACGUGUUCCAUGCAAGAGCAAAAUAAUGGUCGGGUCAACCCGGUUGGUGGUUGUACACAACUCGGAAGUGGAUAUUCCAUCGUUACACUUUCAGUCUGUAGAGAGAAAGAGAGAGAAGGAAGAAGAAGAAGAUGGCGUCGGUGGUUGGAGUGACGGAGAUAAGUAGCGGGAAGAUGUUUGGAGGUUACAAUAAAAGAUACAAACAUUACAGUAAAACUCUUAGCUGUUCAAUGAACUUUCACAUUUACUUCCCUCCCAACAUUUCCGAUAAUAAUAAACCAUUCCCUGUUCUCUAUUGGCUCUCCGGUCUCACUUGCUCCGAUGAGAAUUUCAUUUUCAAGUCCGGCGCUCAGCGAGCCGCUUCCCAACACGGCGUUGCCCUGAUCGCCCCCGACACUUCUCCAAGAGGGUUGAAUGUUGAAGGAGAAUCCGAUUCAUGGGACUUUGGUGUAGGUGCAGGAUUUUAUCUCAACGCUACGCAAGAGAAAUGGAAGAAUUGGCGCAUGUAUGACUAUGUUGUCAAGGAAUUGCCAGAGCUUCUAAGAGAUAAUUUUCCACAGCUUGACACAUCAAAAGCUUCAAUAUUUGGCCAUUCUAUGGGUGGACAUGGUGCACUAACUAUCUACCUAAAAAAUCUGGAUAAAUAUAAGUCAGUUUCUGCCUUUGCACCAGUAGCAAAUCCUACUAAUUGUCCCUGGGGACAGAAAGCAUUCACCAAUUAUCUUGGUGACAAUAAAUCUGAUUGGGAGGAUUAUGAUGCCACUUAUUUGGUGGGAAAGCAUGCCAAUGUAUCUACCACCAUUUUGAUUGAUCAGGGGGAGGAUGACAAAUUUUUGCAUGAUCAACUGCUGCCUCACAAGUUUGAAGAGGCAUGCAAGAAUGGCAAUGUUCCGCUGUUGUUACGUCUUCAACCUGGUUAUGAUCACUCCUACUAUUUUAUUUCCACCUUUAUUGAUGAUCACAUCAAGCAUCAUGCUCAAGCUCUUAAGGCUUAAUUAAGUUGUGUGUACUCUGAUGAUCUUCAACUGUUCUGUUUUACUUUACUGAAUCUACUCAUCACUCUAUUUAUUAUUUUGGAAUUUUGAUACUUUGGUUUGUAUUUGACCAUGGAUGCAUAUGAAUUGGAAUUUCUUUCAUGUCUGCAUUCCAUGUUCUGAACUAAUACAUGUCAGUAUAAUUAUUUGGUUCUAUAUAAGAUUAUUGUAGGCUAUUGAUAUUA